AUUAAUAAAGUAUUUUUGAAUUUGAAUUGAAUUGAAUUGGUAUACUAUUUUACACUUUUCUACCAUGAAUGUAAUACUAGCUAAAUAAGACCGUAAACGUGAUGGCUGCUGAUAGGUUUUUUCUGUAUUUAAUGUUCCUUUUUGAGUCCUGGAGAAGGUCUCAGCACAUUCUUUCUUUCCUUUCCAGUAUUUUGACUGUGCAAAUGCACCUCUGUAGGCCCGCUGAUAUCUCUGGAAUGCGGUAUCCUAGGAGACGAGCCUGUAACUCUAACUCGAGAAGGCCCCGCGUUCUUCGUCCUGGGUUUCAAUAAAACUGCUGUGGAACUGAGUAAGGGUAGAGAGAUAAUGGCGGAGCUCCGGUAGGGGUUGUGCCAGCGUCUUCUCUCCGAUGUUCUGGUAACACAGCGUAAAAUGAACUAACUCCCCUCUGUGUUUGUGCUUAUUUCAGGUUCAAGGGUUAAGGAAACUAAAAAUAACCUAACAGCUGCAUCUAUUUUACAGCCUAACAUCACUUUAUAGUCUACACAGGGCCUUUGCAUCAUCCUACCUCUGAAAAGCAGCAACUGGACUUUCUUUGCCAAACCCAACAGGAAAAGCAGGUCACAUGAAGGAUUCUGCAGGUCAGUCCGUUUGUCCGUGAGGCGUUCAAGGACUCUUCAUCCUGCUGGUUCACUCAGUAUCAGCUGUUUCCAGGGUGGACUAACAUACCAGCUGGUGACCAAAACCAGCAGGAUCAGCUGAGGCGAAACUCAAACAUCUUAUUUUCCCACCAGUCUGUGAACUCAUCACCACUCAUCCUGUAUUUAUACCAGAUCUCAGGUUUUCUUCCAGAAUCAGUUUUCUAGUUGAUCAGAAACACGUUUACCGUUUUUACCGUUGUGUCAUCGGUGCAUCUUUAUUAUUACCAUUAUUAUGUAUCGUCUGUGACACACCGGGUCAUGUGGUAUCAAACAUAAUUCAUAAUGUCCUUAUUUCAGUUUCUGACAUCAAAACUGUUAGGAAAAAGACUUUAGUUAAGUUUUAAUUAUUUUGCAACAACGAAGAACUCGACAACUUAUCUUUUUACGUCUGUCACUCUUCUCUGACAGGUAUCUACGGAGCCUGUGAGGGCCAUUCCUCUCUGUGACCAACCAGGAUGUUGCAGCUGUGUAAAGUCACCAGCUCCCUGUUCAUCAGCAACGCCCGCUCUGCCUGCAGCACCGAACUGCUCCAGCAGGAGGCGGUGACACUCUGCAUCAACAUAUCCAGGCAGCAGCCGUUUCCCUCCUCCAGCGUCACCAAGCUGCAGAUCCCGGUCUACGACGACCCCAGCGAGGACCUUUACAGCCACUUCGACCACUGCGCUGACGCCAUCCAGAAGGAGGCCAGUCGGGGAGGACGCAGCCUCGUCUACUGCAAGAAUGGACGCAGCCGCUCGGCGACCAUCUGCAUCGCCUUCCUGAUGAAGCAUCACAAAGUCAGCCUGACUGAAGCCGUGCAGGUCGGGUUCCCACCGGUCUCCUCCACCAGGCCCCGUUAACCACCACAUAGUGUUAACCCUACUUUGAAGAGCCCCAGAGGUCAAACCACAAAGACCUUCUGCCCCCUUGUGGCCAUGAUUGACUUAACAACAAUAAACAAGCCACAUUUAAU